AUGAACAAUCUGCCCUGUGACAAACGCAGGGGCUUGAACAUUCUCGCAACAGAUUAUGUGUUGGAAAGCUCCUCAUCAAACCAGGGGUUGACGCAUGAAAAUCUGCCAAGAGCGUUUGAUCAGGAGAGUUCACAGAUUGGCACUACCAAGCCACUAUCUGUUGGGGAUGACCAGUCAUCGGGCCAGCAUCUGCCAUAG